AUGGUCUUCACACGGUUGGUGGGAGCCGUGUCACUCCUAACCUUUGCUCUUAAUGCUUUCGCCGCGCCACAUGCGGUGCAAUUCACCAAACGUGCCGACACUGUCAAGUUCGAGGUCGACCUCACGUGGGAGGAUGUCAACCCCGCCGGCGGCGCAACGAAGAAGGGUAUCUUGAUCAACGGGACAUCACCGGGUCCGGCCUUGAAACUCAAUCUCGGGGACAGCGUUGAGUUCUUGGUUCACAACAACAUGGAUGAGCCAACGACCAUCCACUUCCACGGGAUCUCGCAAGCAAAGACGCCAUGGUCAGACGGUGUUCCAGGUCUCUCGCAAAAGGCCAUCCAACCUGGCGACUCAUUUCUUUAUCAAUGGGAGGCAGACGAGGCUGGCACAUAUUGGUACCAUGCUCAUUACCGCUCUCAGAUCAUCGACGGCUGCUUCGGAGCUAUCGUUAUCAAGAACAGCAAGGACGCUCCGCGCCCAUGGUCCUUUAUCAGCAACGACACUGAAGUCCAGAAGCAGCUGACUGCGGCUGAUGAUUCAUUGCAACCAGUCUUCGUCAGCGACUACGUUGACAUGACAUCUGCCGAGCUUCACGCCACUGAGGAAAAAGGCAACCUCGACAUUGCCUGCGUCGAUGCCAUUCUGAUUAACGGCAAGGGCUCAAGGAUCUGCAAGACCCAGGACGAGAUCAACGCUUUGACAAGCCCUCGCUACGCCAACCUUCUUUCCAGUGUCCCUUCAGGACAGCUUACGGGCAAAGGCUGCUUGCCUCCUCUUCCCCAGACGCAAGGCGCCAACUUCACCUUCGACGUCAGCGCAAUUCCCAGCAGCGUUUACUUUGACUGCACAGCAUCCGAAGGCAACCAGACCAAGAUCGAGGUCGACGCCUCUAAGGGAUGGGCCGCAAUUACAUUCAUCGGUUCCGCUGGCAUUGAACUCUUCAAGUACACCAUUGACGGUCACAAAUUCUGGGUCUAUGCUAUUGAUGGUCAAUAUGUUGUUCCUCAGCUUGUUGACACCGUCGUCCUCAACAAUGGCGACCGUCAGACUGUCAUGAUCAAGCUUGAUCAGCCAGCUGCUGACUACACCAUCCGUGUCACCAACCAGGGUCUCAACCAGAUCAUCUCCGGCUACGCCACACUCAGCUAUAAGGGUGCCGUGUCGGCCGCUGGUCAAGGCGACUCGCUCGCGAUCAUGGACUACGCAGGUACCAACAAGACGCUGCCAUUGAUGUUCGCACCUCCCAAGGCCGUCCCUUUCCCUCCUCGCAAUAUGUCCCAGACUGUUGACCAGACAUUCAUCUUCACGACAAAGAAGAUGUUGAACCCUUACACCUGGACCCUGACUGGCUCGGAGACGUUCAACGUCACCCGUGAAGAUUCCACGCCUCUCCUGUUCGAACAACCAUCUGCUAUUCCCGAGGAUCAGGUUAUCAUCCGCACACAGAUGCCGCAUCCUUUCCACAAGCACGCCAACAAGGCGUACCUUAUUGGACAGGGCGUCGGUGAUUUCCCAUGGUCUUCCAUCGCUGAGGCUCAGGCUUCUGGCGCUCUGCCUCCUACUGCUAUCAACACGAAGGCUGCUCCUCUCCGUGACGGCUUCACAUCUCCACCUGCCGAGGGCAACUCCACCUGGAUCGCCGUCCGCUACCACGUCGAGGCUCCCGGUGCCUUCCUCUUCCACUGCCACGUUCAGACCCACAUGAACGGCGGUAUGGCCUUCGCUAUCCUCGACGGUGUCGACAAGUGGCCCGAGGUUCCCGAGGUCUACUUGAACGGCACCGGUAUCGCCAGCAAGCUGCAGAAGAAGGGCAAGACCCACCCUAGCUCGUAA